UAUUUUCCAAAAUGGCCGCCUCAUAGGAGUGAGAAAAUUUAAAAAUAUGCAAAAUUCGUAAAUUAAAGUAUUAAACGCGUUUUUUUCGUAGUUUUUGACGAGAUUGAAUACUUCUAAGUAUGCUUUUACAAAGGGCGACUAACAGGGUACUGUCUUUGGGUAAAACAGUCACCCGAAGUCUUGCAUUAGCAGGGGAAAAUAAGCGAUUUCUUCGCGAAAAAUUCAAGAAUUUGGGAGGAGGAGAUGUGUUGCUUCGGAGGCUGGAUUAUCAAGGACAUAACAUAGCUGUAAUAAGCUUAGCUAAUCCUAAAAAUAGAAACGCAUUGAGUGGGAAAAUGAUGGUACAAUUAGCCGAAAUUGUAGACGAAUUACAACAAUGGUCUGAGGGCAAGGCGGUAAUUUUAAGAGGAAUCGAGAACACGUUUUGUUCUGGUGCUGAUCUGGUUGUAGCUAGGAAUAUAUUAACCCACGAAGAGGGAGAAAUGAUGUGUACUCUAAUGCAUGAGACUGUGCUUUGCUUCAAGUAUUUACCACUUAUUUCUGUAGCGGUGGCUGAAGGACAAUCACUUGGGGGAGGGGCUGAGGCAAGUGUCGAGCAUUUAAAACGUACAGACGUCUUGUGAUGCAUUGAAAAUGGUGAAAUUUGAAUUUCACUAAAUUGUGAAAACAUAUACUGUUUUCACAAUUGAUGUUAAAAAGAUCUUAACAUGAUAUUUGACAAGCGAUAAAACAACAAUAUAGUUGAUCAUUAGCUUGAAUUUUAGCUGACAACUGUAAUAUUUAAAUAUGUUUGAGGUAAAACCACGAUUAUUCAUAUUGAGUUUUUGGACGCUCUCUCUCUCUCUCUCUCUAAUCUAUAAAUAUAUUUUAAACCAAAGAGCAUCCAAAAUCUCAACUGUAAUAUUGACAGCCCAAACCACAUUAAUCGAUGUUAGAUGACCCUCUUAUAAUCAUUUGUGACAAUAUUUUCUCUAGCUCUUACUCAGUUGUGAUUUUCGGCUUAUGGCAAGUGACGCAGGUAUGGCUUGUGUAUUGUUUACACUGGACAGGAAGCCUUGCGUAGCGACGUGAAAAAACGCCUAUCCGUACCUUUUAGGAACGCUCUUUUCAGAGGAAUUAUUGAAACGGAAAGAUGUCGUUUCGCCCAGCUUCUGAAAGUUGUACAUUUCGUAUCGGAUAGGUGGUUUUUGCGCCGCUACCGAAAGUUAUCCAGUAUAGUGCUAGCCUUAGACAUUACGAUGUCCACACGUUAUCUGAUGGUCAUUUGUCCAUGCCCUUCGGUAGGAAAGAAUAAAAUGUUUGCAAUGUAAGACGUGUCAUAUUCUGCAGUGAUCCAAUUCGUUCAAGCAAGAAUGGGCGUCACACCGGGCUGGGGAGGCGCAGCGCAGUUGGUCGAUCUGGUUGGAAGACGAGAAGCGUUGAAAAUCUUCGCUUCAUCCAAGAAAAUCCCUCCAGCGCAAGCAUUGAAGAUCGGACUUGUUGAUGAAGUUAUCCCAGAAGAUACAGUAAGCAACUACCUUUUCAGUUUAGUUUUGGUCAUGAAGUUUUUUUCUGAGAAAGCAAAAGUCGUUCUUAGGUUAUGUUAUCGCAGGGCCGUGGGUUCAAUUCCUACCAGAGGACCUUGUGCUGCACUUUUCGCAGUCGUUCCUGGUUAGAUCUUAAAAUGUAUAUAUUCUCACUUGGAUUACAAACCCUAACAUUCUAAUAAUAAUUCCACCAAGUGAAGUGCAAGAAUCUAAGUUAUUUAGGUUAUGUGUAACUACUGUAUUAAAUUUUUGGGUUCUGAAUGAUUGGAAUAUUUUUCUAUCAGGACGAUAUUCAGAGUGUGGCAUGUGAUUGGUUGUUACCUUAUUUAAAACCACCCCCAGCAGUGAUACAUGCCACGAAGAAAUGCAUCAUGGGAAAUGUGAAACCGUUGGAGGAAACGUUAGAACUUGAAAGGUACACUGUUUUAGCACAGCUUCCGUCUACUCAAAUUCCCAACUCAAGGUUAAGUGUAACCAUUCAGGGUUUCAGCAUUAAUGCACUUUUUAUUUUCUUAUUUUCAGGUCUAUAUUCAAGACAAUGUGGUCUGGUGAGCAUAAUUUGAAAGCUUUGAAGAAAAAUUUAAAACAUAAUAAUUAUAAAUAGUAAAUGUUUAUUUAGUUUCAUUAUUUAGGUUAAUUAAGCCUUUACACUGUGCGAGGCUGUUAAAUCAUUGAAUAUUUUUUUCUGAAAAAUAUGUAUGUAAUUUGUAGCUAAUAUUUAGUUAGUUUUCAAUUUGAGUUACAUUUAGAUAAUGUCUAGCUAAACAUUAAAAUGUAUAAAUAAAUGGGGGAAAUAAUAAAUUCUCUUAUAAAAUAUGUUAUCAGACAAUUGCUUCACAACUUUCUAACAAUCCAAAAUUUCUCAGUCUUUCCUUUGCUAGUACAGACAUUUUAGUGCCCCUUUAGUCUCCUUAUGCAGAAAGUGUUAGAGAACUUUGCCCCACACAUCCUUCAUUGUAGCUCUUUAUGUUUCAUUCUCUACUCCUCCUGUUCCUCUGUAUCCUCAGUGAUACUAUCCUGUCCAGAAUCUGUUACAGGAUUCUCUCUGUUCCGCCUGGCCACUUCAACACUGUACGGAUGAACUGGAAGAAUUCCAGCCUAAAACAUUCACCAACUUUUAAACAAGGAAACAUG